AUGGAUCCCCUAACCACCAAAUCUUUCACAACCUCCCGCCAUGUCACAUACAUCUAUUACGCCUCGCAGCCACCGACAGCUUCCCACACGGAUCCAGCCCUCCUCUUCCUCCACGGCUUCCCCGAUGGCCCUCUCCUCUGGCGCCCCCUGCUCCCCUAUCUCCUCAUGCUCCCAAACCGCCUCAUAAUCCCCUCCCUCCUCGGUUACAGCCCAACAUCCACCCCGACCACACCCUCCACAUAUAACUCCCAGGAUAUGUCCGCAGAUCUCGCCGAACUCCUCGCAGCCGAAAACAUUGACAAAGUCGUCGCCAUCGGCCACGACUGGGGCAGUUUCAUGGCCACGCGCCUAUACGUCUGGCAACCCACGCGAGUCUUGGGCCUGUGUCUAUUGAACGUCGCGUAUUGGCCGCCCAGCCCGGAGGCGCCGUUUGACCUGAAUGAGACGAAUGCAGCCGCAGAGAAGGCGUUUGGGUAUCCUGGGUUCUCGUACUGGGAGCUAUUUACGGCGGAGGAUGGGGCGUCCGUACUGGAGGGGAAUGCGGAGCGGUUUUGGGAGGCAAUGCAUGGCGAUCGGGAGCAGCCGCGGUGGAUGAGGGAGAUGUUUUGUGCGAAGGGGGCGUUGAGAGGGUUUUUGGAAAAGGGGGAUGCGAAGAGUGAGAGUGCGGGGGAUGGUAGGCUUAGGGAAUAUGCGCGGGAGGGGAGUGUGUAUAAGGAGGAUUUCUUUCGGCGGCUGAAGGACAAAGAGAGUGGUGGCAUUGCGCCCGCACUGUGUUGGUAUAAAGCUUUCGCGUGGAAUGAAAAUUUUAAGGUUGAGAAGGCGCUGGAUGGGGAGAGAUUGGCGUUGCAGGUGCCGACGUUGUUUGUGGCUUGUCACGAUGAUGCGGUGUGUAGGCCGGAGUAUAAUGAGAUGCCCCUGCACGCAGGUUUGUUGCCCGAUUUGAAGGUUGUGGAGGUUGCGGGGUGUGGGCAUUGGGGGAUUAUGUAUGAGAGGGCGGAGGAGUUGGCGGGCAUUAUUCUCGGAUUUUUGAAGGAAAAGUUUGCGUAG